GAUCAACGUUUCAGUGCCACUUGUGUUCUUGUCUGUGCUAUUUGAGGCCCGACUAAGCAAAAUACACUUAAAUGUGUUAGCAGUUUUGCAAAGGCAUCAUAGUUUAUAACUAAGCCGUCGCGUUGGAAGUUGAGAAACAAAAAAGCCGUGUGUGAAUCUCACAGGAAACUGGGGGUCAAACUGUUGCAGGCUUUUUUUCCGAGAAGUAAAGCUGUGAGAUGACUCUCCCCUGUUAAAGAGCAUAGCUGGACACGUAAAAUGCGUCAAAAUGACGUGGAAGAAAAGCGUAGGCACAGUAUUCUGGAUAUAGCCAUUCUGCAGGAUCACAUAGCCUUACAGUGUGAGGCUCUGAGAAGGGUCCAAUCGGAGAGAGCUGAUCUGAGGAGACGCGCGAGAGACAUGGAACAGAAGCUGCAGCACGAGAGACAAGACCACAGGGACAUCUACUGGGACCUCAGUCGCCAGUACAAAACCAUGCAGACCAAACUGACCAAUAAGGUGAAGAAACUGGAACAGGAAGUCAGCCAGCUGAAGGAAGACCUUGCCCUAUCCCAGGAGGAACUGACUAAAGAGAAAAGUGAGCGUAAGCAAGUGGAGCAGGAGAAGGAUGCCAUCAUAGCAGACCUUCGACAAAAGCUGGACAACAUAGAGUCAGACUAUGAGAAGAUCCUUCAUGAGACUCUCGACAGCCUGAGUUCCCAGCUGUCUUUGACUCGACGGGGUUGGGAAGACGAAAGCGCAACCCUUCAUCAAAAGUACAAGGAGCCGCUCUCUGAAUUUGGCCUAAAUGCACUGGAUCUUUAAAAAACAGGAGCCUGACAUAUACAGUAAGAACAGCUGCUAUUGCUCAGUGAGAUGUUUGUUUAAUGCUGUAGCUACAGCACUGACUCUGUUUGAUCUGUUUGAUCUAGAGUGCUGUGUAUGGCUCACCUGAAACUGUAUGGAUGUUAAUAUAUAUUUUACCAGCAGAAUACAGAAUAGGAAGUAGAUCACCAUGUAGUGGCAUGUAGCGCCCACUAGAUGUAGCAAAUGACUGCUUGUGGUCAGGAAGAUGGUGGCCACUGACAUCAGUUGCUAUUAGAGCAUUACAGAGUGUGUACUGUAUUUUAUGUGAAUAUUAGUAGUACAGUAAGUAUUUUGUUGUCUAUAUAGAAGAGCGCAAAAUCCAAAAAAGCUGCAUAAAAGCAUUUGGGGGUUACAAUAAAGUGGUGAAAAUGAAUAAAACUGUUGGUGAAAAAACUGUAA